UUAUAAAUGUCAUUUAUGGUUUUUUUGUUAUAUCUGCAGAGAAGGAACGGGGAAGAUAUACCAGUGGCCCAAACCAAGAAUAUCAACCAUAGGAGAUUUGCGGCGUCCUUCAAGCUGAAGGAGGUGACCAGCCUGGACCAGGAUCUCUACCGAUGCGUCACCCAAUCAGAGAGGGGCUCUGGGGUGUCUAACUUUGCCGGCCUCAUCGUCAGAGAGCCUCCACGCCCCAUUGCACCCCCCCAAUUACUGGCGGUGGGGCCCACGUACCUCCUCAUUCAGCUGAAUGCAAACUCUAUAUUUGGAGACGGGCCUAUCAUCCUGAAGGAGGUGGAAUACCGCAUGACGUCGGGCAGCUGGACGGAGACGCACGCCGUCAACUCGCCCAACUACAAGCUCUGGCACCUAGACCCAGACACGGAGUACGAGAUCAGAGUUCUUCUCACACGUCCUGGGGAAGGGGGAACGGGCCAGCCGGGCCCACCGCUCAUCACCAGGACCAAGUGUGCCGAACCAAUGCGGACCCCGAAAAGCCUGAAGAUUGCAGAGACCCAGGCCCGUUUCAUCGCUGUGGACUGGGAGUCACUCGGCUACAACAUCACCCGAUGUCACACCUUCAACGUCACGAUCUGCUACCACUACCACGGCGCCAACGACGAGACGAAAGCCGACUGCCUGGACAUGGACCCCAAGGCGCCUCGGCACGUGGUGGGGAACCUGCCCCCCAACACCAACGUCAGCCUGAAGAUGAUCCUGACCAAUCCGGAGGGACGCAAGGAGAGUGACGAGACCAUCAUCCAGACGGAUGAGGACGUACCUGGCCCGGUUCCCAGCAAGUCCAUGAGAGCCAAGCCGUUUGAAGACAGGAUCCUGCUCUACUGGAAGGAACCACUGGAGCCCAAUGGGAUUAUCACUCAGUAUGAGAUCAGCUACAGCAGCGUGCGCUCCUUCGACCCCUCUGUGCCACUGCUCCGACCCCCCCUGAUCGUGUCUCUGCCCUGGAACAGCUCUCACCACGUCUUCUCCCAGCUGCACCCAGGCACCACCUACCAGUUUGUCAUCCGGGCCAGCACUGUGAAAGGCUUCGGGCCUCCCACCACCCUCAACGUCACCACCAACAUCUCUGCCCCGACGCUGGAAGAGUAUGACGGAUCGGAGGCCUGCUUGAAUGAGACCGCCACUACUAUCACGGUGCUGCUCAAGCCUGCCCAAGCCAAAGGUGCCCCCAUCAGUGCCUACCAGAUCGUGGUGGAGGAGCUGAACCCCCACCGCUCUCGGAGGGAAGCCAGCUCUGUGGACUGCUACCAGGUGCCGGUGUCCUUCCACAGUGCCUCUAGUGGUGGCUCUCCGUAUUACUUCGCUGCUGAGCUGCCGCCGAGCAACCUACCGGAGCCGUCGCCGUUCACCGUGGGAGACAACAAGACGUACCACGGCUUCUGGAACCCACCUCUGGCCCCCCGCAAGAACUACAACAUCUAUUUCCAGGCUGUCAGCAGUGUCGAGAAGGAAACAAAAACCCAAUGCCUCCGACUGGCAACAAAAGGAGCAACCGAGGAGCCAGAGGUGAUACCAGACCCAGCCAAGCAGACCGACCGGGUGGUGAAGAUAGCAGGCAUCAGUGCAGGUGUCCUGGUCUUCAUUCUGCUGGUCCUUGUCGCCAUUCUUCUGGUGAAGAAGAGGAGGAGCUACUAUUCUUACUCGUAUUACCUAGAACGAGCAGGGGAUCAGGGCAGGAAACUCGCAAAGAAGCGCAAAGACGCCAUUGGGAACACGCGGCAGGAAAUGACCCACAUGGUCAACGCCAUGGACCGUAGCUAUGCCGACCAGAGCACGCUGCACAGCGAGGACCCCAUGUCUGUCACCUUCAUGGAUUCGCACACCUUCAACAAUCGCUUGCCCAAUGACCCACUCGUGCCAACAGCGGUUCUAGUGCCAAUAACGGAUGAGAAUCACAGCGCGGCUGCAGAGUCCAGCCGUCUGCUGGAUGUCCCGCGGUACCACUGCGAGGGCACCGAGUCGCCCUACCAGACGGGCCAACUGCACCCAGCCAUCCGCGUGGCCGACCUGCUGCAACACAUCAACCUGAUGAAAACAUCGGACAGCUACGGCUUCAAGGAGGAGUACGAGAGUUUCUUUGAAGGCCAGUCUGCAUCCUGGGACGUGGCAAAAAAGGAGCAGAACCGGACAAAGAACCGCUACGGCAAUAUCAUCGCGUAUGAUCAUUCCCGAGUGAUCCUCCAACCGAUGGAGGACGAUCCGUCGUCCGAUUACAUCAACGCUAAUUACAUCGACAUAUGGCUGUACAGGGAUGGAUAUCAGAGGCCAAGCCACUACAUCGCGACCCAAGGCCCGGUUCAUGAAACAGUCUACGACUUCUGGAGAAUGAUCUGGCAGGAACAGUCGGCUUGCAUUGUCAUGGUGACCAACCUGGUUGAAGUCGGACGGGUGAAGUGCUAUAAAUACUGGCCUGAUGACGCUGAGGUUUAUGGAGACUUCAAAGUGACGUUUGUGGAGGUGGAGCCACUUGCCGAAUACGUCGUCAGAACUUUCACAUUGGAGAGGAGGGGCUUCAGCGAGCUUCGGGAGGUCAAACAGUUCCACUUCACCGGUUGGCCUGAUCACGGGGUGCCGUACCAUGCCACAGGCCUGCUCUCCUUCAUCCGGAGGGUCAAAAUGUCCAACCCACCCAGCGCGGGUCCCAUUGUGGUCCAUUGCAGCGCUGGCGCAGGACGUACUGGCUGUUACAUUGUGAUAGACAUCAUGCUGGACAUGGCCGAGAGAGAGGGAGUGGUGGACAUUUACAACUGUGUCAAAGCUCUGCGCUCACGGCGCAUCAACAUGGUUCAGACUGAGGAGCAGUACAUCUUCAUCCAUGAUGCUAUCCUGGAGGCCUGCCUUUGUGGGGAGACUGCUAUUCCAGCCUGUGAAUUCAAAGCCGCCUAUUACGAGAUGAUCAGAAUAGAUUCACAGAGCAACUCCUCACAUCUCAAGGAUGAAUUCCAGACUUUGAACUCGGUGACGCCCCAGCCCCAGCCCGAGGAUUGCAGCAUCGCCCUGCUGCCCAGGAACCAUGAGAAGAACCGCUUCAUGGACACGCUGCCGCCCGAUCGCUGCCUGCCCUUCCUCAUCACCAUCGAUGGGGAGAGCAGCAACUACAUCAACGCAGCGCUCAUGGAUAGCUACCGGCAGCCCGCAGCUUUCAUCGUCACUCAGCACCCACUCCCCAACACGGUGAAGGACUUCUGGAGACUAGUGUACGACUACGGCUGCACCUCCCUCGUCAUGCUUAACGAGAUAGACCUCGCACAGGGCUGUCCUCAGUACUGGCCAGAGGAGGGAAUGCUCCGGUAUGGUCCAGUCCAAGUUGAAUGUAUGUCUUGCUCCAUGGAUUGUGACAUCAUCAGUCGGCUCUUCAGGAUAUGUAAUCUCACCAGGCCACAGGAGGGCUACCUUAUGGUGCGGCAGUUCCAGUACCUAGGCUGGGCGGCGCACCGAGAAGUGCCGGCGUCCAAGCGUUCCUUCCUGAAGCUCAUCCUGCAGGUGGACAAAUGGCAGGAGGAGUGUGAAGAGGGGGAGGGGCGCACCAUCAUCCACUGCCUGAACGGAGGAGGCCGCAGCGGCAUGUUCUGUGCCAUCAGCAUCGUCUGCGAGAUGAUCAAACGGCAGAAUGUGGUGGACGUGUUCCACGCGGUGAAAAGCCUCCGCAACAGCAAGCCCAACAUGGUGGAGAGUCCCGAGCAGUACCGCUUCUGCUACGACCUCGCUUUGGAGUACAUUGAGACUAAUCAAGAAGGCGCAUUCUAGAACCUUCUGGAGCCCUGAAUCAUCCCGCUAUAGCUUGGAACUAGGCAACUUCUAUACACUGUUGUUCUUAAUGUACUUGGGGGUAUCAUGUAAGUGGUCUGUAAACGUCUCCGUUGUACUCUGCUGUGCUCAGUGCCACAAGAUCAAGUGGGUGUUCCCAAGACACACAUUGCUUUACCGUCUUUUUACAUACAUAUAUUUUUUAAUGUGCAGCCAUUGUAAAGAGUAACACUAACGCAGAGGUGUUGCAUGCUCAAAUGUUUUCUAUAUUAGCAUUAGCGUUAAAGAACAAAAAAAAAUGAUUACGUGCGUGUGUAAACGUCAAUCACAAAUGUGAAAGGAAUUGAAUGCACUCUAUAUUCAUAUAUGAAGUGCUGCCGUGUAACAUUGCUUUGUAAUGUUUGUAUUGUGCACUGAUGGCUGACUAUUCACUCUCCUUUUUGUAGCAAAUAUAAUUCAUAAGCCAAAGACUUGUGUAAAUAUGUCUAUAUUGAUAAAGCACAUUGUUCAUAUUUAUUGUUUACUUGCAUUCCUUUUUUGAAGGCUAUAGCAACAAUCGUUUUGCUUUCCCGUUGGCUCUGAAUUUUAAGUGUAAACAUUUUAGCUAGGUUUUUUUUUUUUUUUUUUAAGUUUUAGUAAAAUUUCAGUAGUAGAUCGUUCUAACCACUUGUGGUGGUUUGUGUAAAUGUUUGAAAUUUACCAUUGCAGGUAGGAUUUCAGAAGGUCGAGAGCUGGCAAAAUGAGUUACUUUUUUUAUAUAAUUAGUAUGCUAAGAUUUGAGGUAUCUGUAUUUUGGAAAACCAAUUUUUAAAAAGUGAAUUAAAGAUGUAGAACAGUAUUAAAGUAUACAUCAUUAUAAUUAAAGACAAACUGGAAUCAAAUGUGUAGCCAACCCAGAAUCGCUGAAAUGUACACAGGUAUUAAGAAAAGGGAAAUCCAGUUGGAAUUAUUUGUGAGUUCGACCAUGUUUUUUGUCUAUAUCUGUUGGCUUUUUGGCUGUAAAAAAAAUUUGAAUUAAAAAAAUGGAAGGCUA